AGGAGAUGGUUACUUUCCCAGUCGAUCUUCGAGGUUCUUAACGUCUUGCACUGGCACUUCGAAUGCCCUGGAUUAUUGGAUACCUAGCGAAAGGAGACAUCAUCAAUAAGCCGUCAUAGCCGUCGAAGGGCAACCCGGAAAGAGGAGCAACACGGCCAACGGAAGCGGAGGUUGAGAGGGUUUUGCUUUACUUGUAUGAAUGGCGCAAGGAACAGUGUUUGAUAGAUGAAGAUGGCAGCUCAAGCUGUGUUCGUGAUCAUGUUAGAUGAAACUGCAACGAUGACGCAAGGAGAAAUUUCCUUUCCCGGAGGUUCAACGGAAUUACGCCGCCUCGUCAACCGUACGCUUCUCCACUCCAAUAACGACACCUUGCCCUUUCCUCUCCACACUCUACCACACCAACAAUGGCCUCCGUCUUCAGCCCCAGCACCAGCAUCGCCAUCGCCGCGUCCAGCGACCGUGUCUUCGAGCUCCUCACCGACCGCACCACCUGGCCCACCUGGAACCCAUUCAUCCCACGCGCCGACCUGCUCCCCUCCACCACCCUCACUCCCACACCCUCCUCCGAUGAUGACGGGCACCUCAAGCUGCACCAACGCCUCCAAUUCACCGUCCAAGCACCCAUAUUCGGCCGCCCGCGCAUCGUCCCAGGCGGCAGCGUCGAGAAGGUCUCGCUGCUGGAAACGCCCGGCGCAGAUGGCGUCUACCGCGUCGGUUGGGUGCAGGACAUGAUGCCGGCGUGGCUGAUGCGGACGCUGCGCGUGAACGAGAUCGUCGAGGAGGAGGCUGAUGAAGACGGCGAGGCGCGGUGCACGUACCGCACGUACAUGACGUUCGACGGGCCGUUUGCGUGGAUCGUCAAGUUUGUGGUGGGCGCGAAGGUGCAGGAGGGGCUGGAGCUGUGGGCGAAGGGGCUGAAGGACAAAGCGGAGGGUCGGUGAUGGUGGGCAUUGAGGGUGAUAAUGAAGGAGCGAUACACAUGGGGAGGAAGAUACAGCUGGAGCUUGACAGGGCGAGCUUCAGUAUCUCGACUGAAAGUUCUUCGAAGAGGCUGGUACGGCUGGCCAGGUCUCGCGUUGUACAGAGGGAAAAAUCUCGCGAAGACAUCA